AUAUAAAUAAGUUAAUAGAAGGAAUAUAUAUUAUAGAUCUUACUUCAAUAGACGAUAUCACUAUGGUUAUACUAGAACUAUCAUACUUUGUCUCAGAUAUUGUAGAAGAACAAAUGAGUAUUGGAACUACAGAGACACUAGAAGAAACUGUUUCUAAAACUGAAUUAAUUACUAAUAUAAUAAUUAGUCUAACUAAAACAAAACAAAAACUAAUGAAUAAUUAAAACUUAGUUAGGAAAUUUAAUAGAUCUCUUUACAAAAAUGUGCAACCCGAUUCAACCCAAAGACCUCACUUUAACACCCCUAUCCGAGAAAGUAUGGCGAAAUGACGAAUUUGACCCCUCGACUAAAGAAAUUACUCUCUGCAUCAUUGAGAAUAUAAUCAGAUUAUCAUAUCGAUCUUUCACACUUGUUCAAAGAUCGGUUCGAGGGUGGCGUCGAGUGAACGCUGAAUCCGAAACAAAAAGCUAAACAGCACGAGGCGAGGUCCACUGAAGACGGCUCUCGGAAGAGCUGAAGGUUACUUUGCCCGCCGGAAUUUUGAGCAUCCGGAUUUCAUUCACCGUUGUCGGAAUCAAUGGCUGACCCGGAGCUGGAAGCGAUCAGGCAGAGAAGGAUGCAGGAGCUAAUGGCUCAACGUGGUGGCGGCGGCGGCGGCGCGGCAAGUCAGCCGAACCCUGAACAGCAGAAUGCUCAAGAAGAUGCUAAGAGAGAGGCUGAGGAGCGUAGGCAGUUGAUGUUGAGCCAAAUAUUGUCUGCUCAAGCCCGGGAAAGAAUUGCAAGAAUUGCAUUGGUUAAGCCUGAAAAGGCUAGAGGUGUUGAAGAUGUUAUACUUCGAGCGGCCCAAAUGGGUCAGAUUGUUGAGAAGGUAUCAGAAGAGAGGCUGAUUUCACUGCUAGAACAGAUAAACACCCAAACAUCCAAACAAACCAAAGUCACAAUCCAGAGGCGUCGUAGUGUUCUGGACGAUGAUGACUGAAAUUUGAAGAUCUCUUUCUGGGAUGCAUCUAUACAGCGUGUUUCGGUGAGUUGCAGAUUCAUGAUCAAGGGGCUUUUCUCUAGCAGAGUUGUGGGAUAAGUCAUAUCUGUAUUUUUACCAUGAAAGAAGUACACGUUAUCAAGUCUCCCCAUUUGAUCUAGAGAGUUGUCUCAGUAGUAAUGUAUGGCGUCGUUCCUAAUGGUAUUUGCAGCCAUGUCAGGCUUUCAUAUUUUGAUGUCUUUUGGUUCGGUGUAUUUGUAAAUCAUCGAUGAUAUCCGUCUUCGUUUCAUGUUACUUAUUUGACAUGCUAUUGUCCUGUUAACUAUGUGGACUUUUGAAUCGUGGGGUAUGUUUCCUUAUCCGUGGAAUUGCACGUUCGCUAUCGACUACAUUCAACCGGAUUUUUUUUUUUUUGUGCCAUGGAUUUCACGGGUGGAUUUGCUUUGGACUAGGAAAAGUAGACAUGUAGAAGGAAAUGAAAAUUGCCUCAAGCAGCCAGCCACAGCCAGGCAGCUAUAGCCUAUAGCAAACAAGGUUCGGCGAAGGUAUAUUUGGCCCAUCUUCAUAAAUAAAUAAAUAGCUAGGAAUGGGAAUAUAUGAGAUGAGUAAGUUGCCACUUGCCAGCCUUAAUCGUACUUAUUAUAGAUGGAAACCGCGGGGCUACAGCUCAUUAAGGUUAUGAGUCUAAUUAUCACUUAAAAUUAAAUCACUCGACAAAGCCAAAUGGUCACCGUCACAGUCAUCUUCACAUGGGAAUGGCAAUGGCAGGUCCGGUCAUACUCGCCCGUGACAGGUGGGGUAAACCCAAUGAGUAUUCAAUUUAUAUGGAAAGCAUUAGAAAUAUUCAUUAUUUUCAUUAUAAGACCAAAAAAUAAAUCAUAAUAUGAUAAAAAUAUAGUUAAAUUAUUGGAGAAAUUGAGAUUUUCACUAAUUUACAACUUUAUAAUAGCUAAAAUAUGAUGAAAUAAAAGGAGAAUCCUAAGUAAUUUGACUAAAAUUACAUGUAAUAUAAGCAAAAACGAGUCAAAAAUGGGACGGGUCAGGGCAGGUCGGGUCGAUAAGAAUACCCAUGCAAGUCAAAAUUGUCAUCCCUAUCUUCACAUGUAGGUUUCUCUUUUCCGGCAAACAUUUACAUGACUUACUAAGCUAUGAUCCAACCAUUGCAGAUUACUGGAGAAAACCACUACAUUCGUCUUCCCGUUGCCUUGAAAUAUUAAUUCAUGCUUGAAUUCUGACUUACUUUUUGUAGAUUUGAGUUCUGACAGCUUACCUUAUCUAAAAAGCCACCACCUCAAGUAUUUUUUUUAAUGACCUUAAGAACUAAGUAACAGAGAGAGAGAGAGAUCUCAUAUGAGUCCUUGUCCCUUACUCCCUUUCAUAUUAUUUCUCGUGGUAUUGAUGAUUUAUUUUUAUACUUUCUUUACUUGUGUAGUGUUUUUUUAUAAAUACUUGUGUAAUGUUAAUACGACUGUAACUGGUAAAAUAAUUGUUAAAUGAUAACGGGAAACUAUUAUCUUGAAUGUUAAAUGAUAACGGGAAACUAUUAUCUUGAAUGUUAAAGAAAAUCUAAAAAUUGAU